AUGGUGGCCCCUGACGUGUGCACUGUCGCAGCUCUUCUAACAGCACAGGCCACGACAUACUAUGUGGGGGGCGGGAUGAAGCUAACGAAGCGGAGCACUUGGUCGAAGAAGCAAUUGAACCCGUGGAGCGUGGGCAACAUGAAAAGAUGGAAGGCCCCCGCUGAAGUCAAAGUUGGAGACGAGUUUGUGUUUAUAUGGAACACCAAGGCGGGUGUGUAUCAGUACAAUGGCGCGGAUGAGGGAGAUUACGACUCGUGCGCGAAGAACUCCCAACGAGGAACUUUGCUCGCCCCCACCUCUCUUUUUGGAAGGUAUACUUUUAAAGUGGAAGAAUCAUGCAUGAGCCUCUUCUUUGCAAGCACUGUUGGGUACUUCAAGGAGUUGCCCCAGGAGGAUAUGCAUGCUGCUCAGACAAUCAAUCAAGCAUAA